AUGCUUCCUACCAGUCUCGACGAGUCACUCGGUCCGACGUCUCCCUCCCUCACCUCGCUCAGAGACCAGGUCCCCCCAGUCCCCAACAGACCCAGAGAGCAAGAUCAGUGCAUCCUCGACACGAUCGACAGCCUCCUCGGCGGCAAGAAGAGGCACAGCUCACGUGGCCUCGACCUCUGGCUCAUCACACCAAAGCAUAUGAUGAUGGGGUCGAUGACCGGUGACACUUUUACGCAGUUCCUCAGCAGUCCGUGCCUCCAGAAGGAACGUGCUCCUCCAGGCAAGCCGGGGAAGAGGAGGGGAAAGGCUCUCCCAUUGUCUUUUGUCUCGUUUGAUUUCAGCCGCAAGCUCCUCGUCGCCAAAGCUACAUUUGACGUCCAUGACGACCUUCCUCGGGCCCUCGAUCCUCUCGAUAUCGAGUUGCCCCUUUCUGAUAUCACGGCGGGCGGCAUGUACGUCUGGUCUAAAAAGAUUGACUCGAACCUCCGCGAGGUCCGUGUGAUGGUGUCUUUUCGCCGCCCGCCGCGUUACUUUUGCCGCUUCGAGAUGGAGACGGAGACUAAAGGCAAGCUCCACCGCCGGCGAGCAACCCAAUUCGACUUCUUCAAAAGCGACAUUCAAGAAGCGCACGGAUACCCCAUCCAUCCCAUCAACAAUGGAAGCGCAGCAUACCCUCUACACUGGAACGCAUACCAGUGGGUGUUCGAGAUGGACGAGAUCGAGUUCAACCGCACCAAGGCCGCCCAGCUCAUGAUACGCCGUAUACCAGAUCUCCACAUCAUCUCCAACGCACGUUACCCAGCCACCGUCGAGCCCAACUCGUUCGACGAGUGGAACCCACCCGACCUGUCCGACUUGGACUUUGAGGUGCGCACCCUCGCCGAGGGACUGAUAGGCACGGGCAUCCUCCGUCCCCAGGACUGGCCCGAUCUCCUCGAGUCCCUCGACACUGCCACCCUCCCCUACUCGCGCGACGCCAAGCUCCGUGUCCUCGAGAGCCUGUUCACCGAAGAACGAAUUUAUGACAUCAAGACGACGCUACAAAAGCGGCUCCGCACGUUCAAGUCCGUACCACACACCAAGGACAUCAAGCACGUUGCGUUGAUCCGCACCAUCCAGAUCACACCCACGCGCAUGCUCAUCGGCCCUCCUCAACAGGAGGCCAGCAACACCGUCACCCGCAAGUAUGCUGACCAUCUCGACGAUAUCAUCCGCGUCCAGUUCGCCGACGAAGGUGACCGCAUCCAUAUCCUCGACUACGCAAAGGACGCCGACCAGGUCAUGCCGGGUGUUGGUCUAAUGGCUCGUAUCCGGCGCGCUCUAAACAAGGGUAUCCGGGUUGGGGGCAAGCUCUUCUUCCCCAUUGCUUCCUCUGGCUCCCAACAGAAGGACCACUCGAUCUGGUUCUUCAACCCGGCUGCGAUCGACCGCACCGAGCUCUUCCGCUGGAUCGGUACCGUGAAGGAGACGGUCGUUGCCAAGUAUGCGGCCCGCAUGGGUUUGCCCUUUAGCACGAGUCGCCAAAUCGAUCUUGUUAUCAAGAUUGGAAAGCGUGAGGACGUCGAGAUCAAUGGUCACUGUUUCACCGACGGUUGUUCCGUUGCCGGUACCGAGGUGAUGUGGAAGGCGGCCGAGGCUCUUAGACCCAACAAGACUAUCCAGUGCCGCCCGUCCGCGAUCCAGUUCCGCUUGGGUGGCGCUAAAGGCAUGCUCGCUUGCUGGCCAGAACUGGCUGAAUCAAACGAGGUGCUCUUACGCAAGUCACAAGUCAAGUUUAACAGCGACCAGGUCAAGCUGAAUGUCAUUCGCGCAACCCACUACCAGCCCGCCUUCCUGAACCGCCAGUUCAUCAUGAUCAUGGAGGCGAACGGGGUGCCCCAGGAGCUAUUCCUUGAGCUCUUCGACCGCGCGCUUGAGAAACUGCAGGGGUUUGAGGACCGCAUCAAGGCAGGCACUCUGACGGUCGAUGACCUGGUCUUACUGGGUAGCUGUCGCGAGUUCCCAAUUUCUACGCUCCUCCAGUGCGGUUUCAACGCCAACCCCUUCGUCCUCGACCUCUGUCGCCUCAUCAAGGGCCGAGCGCUCCAGGACCUCAAGUGGCGUAACCGCCUCAAGAUCGACGGCGGCGUGUUCCUAAUGGGCAUCUGCGACGAGGUGGCCUGCCUCGCCGAAGGCGAAGUCUUCUGCCAGUAUCAGGUGGACUAUGACAGCGAGCCUAUUGUCGUUACAGGGGAGGUUCUAGUUUGCCGCGCGCCAGCGCUCCACCCUGGUGAUGUGCGCCGAGCCAUGGCUGUCGACCGCCCCAAACUCCGUCAUCUCACCAACGUGGUGGUCUUCAGCACUAAGGGUGCACUUCCGCUUCCCAGCAUGCUCGGCGGUGGUGACCUGGAUGGCGACGACUACACCCUCAUCUGGGACCAGCGCUUCGUCCAGCCGCUCAAGGAGUUCAAGCCAAUGAACUACACCCCCCCGCCCCCGAUUCGCGUCGACCAAGUCACUCAGGAGCACGUUAACGAAAACUUCAUCAACUACAUCAUGAACGAUAUCCUUGGCAAGGUCGACAACGCCCACCUCGCCAACUCCGACUGCUACACGCCCUUUCACCCUUUCUGUCUGAAACUGUCAGAGGUCCACAGCACUGCAGUGGACUUUGCCAAGACCGGGCAGCCCGCCGAGCUGGACCCCGAUCUCGUCCCGGACAGGUGGCCUGACUUCAUGGGCAAGGAGGAGUCCAAGACGUACCGGAGUGGCAAGAUUCUGGGCCAGUUAUUUCGAAAGGUUAUUCCUGAGCCCGUGUUUAAGCCGACCAACCUCACCAAGGCCGGAUACGACCUCCAUCCCCGCCUCGUGGACAUGUUUGAGCCAAACCUUGGGCUGUUCGUGCGCUUGCAAUUUGUCAAGAGCCGGUACGAACACGACCUGCAGUACACGAUGCGCCGCUUCAACGUGCAAGAGGGGGAGAUUGUGACAAGUGUCCCGGCUCAUAACCGUGAGCGCAUGCGGUCGCGUGAGCAGCAGCACCUCCAUGAAGCGCUCGACGUCGUCUACCAAGCUCAUGUCGAGACGACUCGAGAGAAUGCGCUGAAGGCCUCUCUCGAGUUGGUGGAUCUCCCCACUGGAACUCGUCUCGAGGAAUACAUUGCUUGGCACGCUUACAUGCUGGCGUUCGAGGCGAGAAACGUCAUGGAGGCGGACGAGCAGAUCAACCGCACUCUCGGCGGCCCCGGAUCGGCCUCCAUUUUCAGCGGCGGGAUGCGUAUCCUGCCGUUAAUGAGUUUCCCCUUCGUUUGGUGGCCCGAGCUCAUCGCGCUUGUGACGAAGACUCGUUGA